AUGACUUUCCGCUAUCUCCUGAACGUCAGUUUCGAGGGACCCUGCUCCGACAGCAGCGCCGGGAGCUCCAGCGCGGGCGGUGGCGGGGGUGGCGCGGGCGGCGCGGCCGCCUCGGAGGGCCGGGCGGUGGACGGCGUGCGGGUGACCGCAGGCGGUGGCAGCGGCGGCGGCGUGGUGGGCGCGGGCAACGGCGAGGACAACCGGAGCUCCGCUGGGGAGCCGGGAGGCACGGGCGCCGGCGGCGAGGUGAACGGUACGGCGGCAGUCGGGGGGCUGGUGGUGAGUGCGCAGGGCGUGGGCGUGGGCGUUUUCCUGGCCGCCUUCAUCCUCACGGCCGUGGCGGGCAACCUGAUGGUCAUCCUCUCCGUGGCCUGCAACCGCCACCUGCAGACGGUCACAAACUAUUUCAUUGUGAACCUGGCCGUGGCCGACCUGCUGCUGAGCACCACAGUGCUCCCCUUCUCGGCCACCAUGGAGGUUCUGGGCUUCUGGGCCUUCGGCCGGGCCUUCUGCGACGUGUGGGCCGCCGUGGAUGUGCUGUGCUGCACGGCCUCCAUCCUCAGCCUCUGCACAAUCUCGGUGGACCGGUACGUGGGCGUGCGCCACUCGCUCAAGUACCCAGCCAUCAUGACGGAGCGCAAGGCGGCCGCCAUUCUGGCGCUGCUCUGGGCCGUAGCCCUCGUGGUGUCUGUGGGGCCACUGCUGGGCUGGAAGGAGCCGGUGCCCCCUGACGAGCGCUUCUGCGGCAUCACGGAGGAGGUGGGAUACGCUGUUUUCUCCUCCCUGUGCUCUUUCUACCUGCCUAUGGCCGUCAUUGUGGUCAUGUACUGCCGCGUGUAUGUGGUAGCGCGAAGCACCACGCGCAGCCUGGAGGCGGGAGUCAAGCGCGAGCGGGGCAAGGCCUCAGAGGUGGUGCUGCGCAUCCACUGUCGGGGCGCAAGCACUGGCUCAGACGGAGCCCACGGUGGGAUGCGCAGCGCCAAGGGCCACACCUUCCGCAGCUCACUGUCGGUGCGUCUGCUCAAGUUCUCUCGUGAGAAGAAGGCAGCCAAGACGCUGGCCAUCGUCGUGGGCGUCUUCGUGCUCUGCUGGUUCCCCUUUUUCUUCGUCCUGCCACUGGGCUCCCUGUUCCCACAGCUGAAGCCCUCAGAGGGCGUCUUCAAGGUUAUCUUCUGGCUGGGCUACUUCAACAGUUGCGUGAACCCGCUCAUCUACCCUUGUUCCAGCCGGGAGUUCAAGCGGGCCUUCCUCCGCCUCCUGCGCUGCCAAUGCCAUCGUAGUCGCCAGCACCACCGCCCCCUCUGGAGCAUCUACGGUCACCACUGGCAAGCCUCAAAUGGCGGCCCGCGCCCUGACUACGCUCCUGGCCCAGGCGCCGCGCCCUCCGGGGCCCUGCUGGCCCUCACCGCACCCUCAGCUCCCAGCUCCCCAGGCACACCCAAGGCACACGCUCCGGUCGUCGGCCGUGGAAAGCCGCCCUGCGCCUUUCACAAGUGGAGGCUUCUCGGGCCGUUCCGGAGACCCACCACCCAGUUGCAUGCCAAGGUCUCCAGCCUGUCGCAAAAGAAGCACACCAGAGAGGCUGCGUGCGCCCUGCACUUGGAGGUGGAAUCUGUGUCCUUAGGCGUCCCCAGUGAUGCAGCUGAGGGCACCACCUGCCAGGCCUAUGAAUUGGCAAACUCUAGCCAUCUCCGGGAGACUGAUAUUUAAGGACCCCUGAGUUAGGCCGAGGAGUGUGCUGGGGUGGGAGAAGUGUGUGGAGAUGGAGGCUGGCUUUGUUCAAGAGGCCAGUGAGAACCAAGGACCCAGAAAUUGAUCAGGGCGACUGCUCUCCAGAAUCCCUGAGGAACUGAGGUGUGGGUGAAGCCCCUGAAGGGCGGAAAGUUAUGGCUCACCCUCCUGGACACAGAUGC